AUGUGCAAUGCAAAACAGUCUGAACUUCUCAACGAAAAUCUAUAUUAUGAGUUUCUUAAAUCCAAUAUUGUGUCUAAUAACUUGACAAACACUAUAUAUGAGCCUGAAACCGAAUUUGUAUUUAACCAACCAAUGAAUAAUGAAGUAUGUGUAAAUAAGAAUGCAAGUCAUGCAAAAGUAAAAGCUGUGCUUGAAAAUCGUUGCAUCUUUGAGCAGUUUGAAAAAAAUACAACAGAAAUGGUCGUGACUAAACAAGGAAGACGGAUGUUUCCAUCACCUGAGAUUACUCUGUCAGGAUUAGAUCCGAAUACAUUAUAUUAUGUGGCUAUGGAUUUUACUGCAGCCGACAAUGCAAAAUAUAAAUGGUCUAAAGAAAAUUGGGUAUUGCACGGUGAAAGGGAUACUCAUUGGUCAUCAAAUACAUUUGUUCACCCAGAAAGUCCUCUUUUAGGUUCGCAAUGGAUGAAAAAAAUAAUUAAUUUUAAGACAAUGAAGCUCACAAAUAGUACAUCAAGCUCAUUUGGAAAUAUUGUUUUGAGCUCAAUGCACAAGUAUCAGCCUCGUGUUCACGUUAUACCAUAUUACGAGGUCUAUUUGAAUUAUUCUCAUCCCAUCAGCACCUUUGUUUUUAAAGAAUGUCAGUUUAUUGCUGUUACGGCAUAUCAAAAUCCGAAGAUUACGGACUUAAAAAUAAAAUACAAUCCCUUUGCAAAGGGAUUUCGCGAACAGAGAAAACGAAAAUUACCAAUACAGCAAAUUUCUUCCUUUGAGCAGCUAAAAACAUAUUAA